UGACAGAGCACUGAGCUGAGGGAUGCAAGAGGUGUAGACACAUGUCAUUUUUGUCUUACAGAUUCUCAGUCGUCCUAUAGAUGGGAAGCGCUGUGGACUUGCAGGAUAACUUCCUCCAUGCUGCUGCUGCUGCUGGAAUGAUCUCUCCGGCUGAAAGACAAGCAACAGCUGGGCUGACUGAUCUGAAGCUCUUUGGAUCUCAGCGUCACCUGGACUUGAUCCCUCCUUGUUGACCGAGCAGCUUCUGGUGAUCGCUGCUCUUCAUUUUUACAUAUUUUGGUGUCACACACCUGAAUCUCUGCACUGUUGGCGUGAGCUAUUUUAGUCUGCCCAGACUGCACUGAGGUGUCGCUUGGAGAAGGGUGGACAAUUUUACUGUAAAUGUGUGUCUCUGCGACCGGCGCCGGACUGUCACCCUCAAAGUCUCCCACACCUGCUGAGAGCCCCUGGAAGCCACCUGCUGUGCCUCUGGGAUGGUGUGACGUCCAACCAGCUGUUGGCCGUCCCACAUCUGGGUCAAGAUGCCAGUGAUGAAGGGCCUCCUGGCCCCGCAGAACACCUUUCUGGACACCAUCGCUACACGCUUUGAUGGCACCCACAGUAAUUUCCUGUUGGGUAACGCCCAGGGCCACCGCGGCUAUCCCAUCGUCUACUGCUCAGACGGCUUCUGCGAACUGACCGGCUUCACAAGGACUGAGGUGAUGCAGAAGAACUGCAGCUGCCGCUUCCUGCACGGGGCCGACACCAGCGAGCACGUGGCCCAGCAGAUGGAGAAGGCGCUGGAGGGCCGUGAGGAGUACCAGGCUGAGGUCCACUUCUACAAGAAGAAUGGUGUGGCCUUCUGGUGUCUGCUUGACAUCGUGCCCAUAAAGAACGAGAAGGGAGAGAUGGUCCUCUUCCUGUUUUCAUUCAAGGACAUCACUGACACCUAUGGAAGGGGCCACCACAACAGCAAGAAGGAGGUUUCAGACGACAAGAGGCGCAGGAGGAAGAGCAGCUCUCACUUCAGCGAGGCCAGGAAGCGUGGACGCACCAUGUUGUACCAGCUUACCAGCCAGUUCUCGAGGGGAGGCAAAAGAGAAGUCAACUUGGGUGGUGAGGGCGGGGCCAUGAUCCACACACAGAGUGGACAGCAGUGUAACUUCAGAGCAGAGCUGACACAUAAGGCAAUGAAACAGACCUAA